AUGACCAAAGUUCAUAAAAAACAUCCUUUGUCGAUUAUUUUGUCGUUAAGACAAGGUUCUGAAGUUCAUAUCACGUUAAGGACCGUAUAUACCAGUAGCGAUUCUUUAAGAAUGACUAUUUCCUGCAAUAAUAGUAUCACGAGGACAUCCUACGAGUUACUUUUUAGAAAUGGAUCUGUUUUCUUCUCAGCAUUUCUUCUGUGUUUCUCUCUGUCACUUGCGGCGGACAUCAACGUUAUCAGUGAUCCAGUACUGGCAGCAGUUGGGGACGAUGUCACUCUGAAUAUCAGUAUUGGCAGAAGUGCGCUUUCUUGCACAUGGUAUCGAGGAGCUGUGCAGAGCUCUAACGUUAUACUGCAAGUAGAAAAUGGAGUACAGACUGAAGGUCCCAAAUACACUAACAGGGAAUCUAUUCUACAGCCAAGUCGCUCGUUGAGGAUAGCGAAUGCUACGUUAGAAGACAACGGCACUUACUGGGUGUUGAUUAUAUUUAAUACAUCACCUCUACAUGAUCAGUCCUCUGUCACGUUGAAGGUGUUGGUUUUAGAGAAAGAGAAUCUUUCAAAGAGACUGGCCAAUGCCACACUCUCCUCAGAAUCUGAAUCAGAAAUCGAUGGAAACAACACAUAA